AUGGCGUCCGAACAGCAGCAGUCCAUUUUCUUACCGAAGAUGCACAAGAGCCCCCCGUUCUCCUUUGAAGUCCCCGGUGUUGAGAAGGUCGACGGCGAAACAAUACCUCGCCGCAACAUUCGGUGCAAAGACAAAGACGGUCUCAUUACUCAGCCCGAUCCAUCGGUCAAAACGGUCUACGAUAUUGUCAACUACUCCGCCAACAAGUUUGGCAACGCACGAUGUAUUGGGUCCAGAACAGUACUCAAUGUUCACAAGGAAAAAAAGAUGAUAAAGAAGAUGAUCGAUGGUAAGGAGACCGAGGUCGAGAAAGAGUGGUCAUAUUUUGAGUUGAGCCCCUACAAAUUCCUAUCCUUCAUCGAAUUGCAGAAGCUGGUCGGCACACUGGGUGCUGGCCUGAGGCAUCUAGGAUUGACCAAGGGCGACAAAAUCCAUCUUUACGGUGCAACAAGUAUGAACUGGUUCUCAAUGGCGCAUGGGAUUUUUACCCAAUCGCUCACUGUUGUCACUGCUUACGAUACCCUUGGUCUCGAAGGUCUUCGGUCAUCCCUCAAACAGACCAAGUCGAAGGCGGUGUUUCUAGACUCGGGCCUCCUACCAGUCCUUAACAAGGCCCUGGGGGAUGCGCCUACGGUAGAAUACAUUGUCCUGAACAACGAAUCUACCCCCAAAAAGGAAGAGCUGGAUAAGGUUAAGAAUGAAUUCCCCCAAAUCCGCGUGAUCUCAUUCGACGAUCUCCACAAGCUGGGCGAAGAGAACCCGGCAGAACAUGUUGUGCCGGAGCCGGAGGACCUGGCCUGUAUUAUGUAUACCUCCGGAACUUCAGGCGCUCCUAAAGGUGUCACCAUCAAGCACAAAGCUGUCAUUGCUGCCGUCACAGGCGCAUCCUCCAUUGUUGGCGAAUACAUCGGGCCCGCGGAUGGUCUCCUCACCUACCUUCCCCAGGCUCACAUUAUUGAAUUUAUCUUUGAAAAUGCGUCACUCUUCUGGGGCGCUUCCAUGGGUUAUGGGUCACCUAAAACACUCACCGAUACCUCCGUCCGCAACUGCAAGGGCGACAUCCUCGAAUUCCGCCCCAGUAUCCUAAUUGGCGUUCCAGCCGUCUGGGAAACCAUCCGAAAGGGUAUUGUGAGCAAAGUGAACGCAGGAGGCGUGAUCGCACGGAACCUGUUUUGGGGAGCGUUGGCGGCGAAGCAGUUCCUGCUGUCAACUGGCAUUCCAGGUGUAAAUCUUCUGGAUGCCAUUGUGUUUAACAAGGUUCGUGCGGCUACUGGCGGCAGACUCCGCAUCUCCAUGUCCGGUGGUGGCCCCUUGGCCAAGGACACACAAAAGUUUAUCUCGAUGGCGAUUUGCCCUCUGAUCAGCGGCUACGGACUGACGGAAACCGGAGGAAUGGGCGCGCUGAAUGACCCUCUCGCCUUGACGUUUGAGGCUCACGGCGAUAUCCCCGCCUCUGUCGAGGAGAAGCUAGUGGACUUCCCAGAAGCUGGAUACUUCACCUCCAACAAUCCACCGCAGGGCGAACUUUGGAUCCGUGGUCCUUCGGUCACAGCAGGGUACUUUGAGAAUGAGGAGGAGACCAAGCUCGCCAUACGAGAGGAUGGAUGGUUUAUGACCGGUGAUAUCGCCGAGUUUGAUAAGAACGGUCACGUCAAGAUCAUUGACCGCAAAAAGAAUCUGGUCAAGACCCUUAAUGGCGAAUACAUCGCACUUGAAAAGCUCGAGUCCAUCUAUCGCGCGUCACCCCUGGUCGCCAACAUCUGCGUGUACGCCGCGCAGGACCAACAGAAACCCAUCGCGAUAAUCGUGCCAUCGGAGCCGGCUUUGCUGAAGUUGGCCAAAGAGAACGGCAUCGAAGGCCACGAUCUGGAGGAUUUUGUCGAUAACCCCAAGGUGAACGGCCUUGUCUUGAGAGAGCUCCAGAAAGCCGGUCGACAAGGCCAGCUCGCUGCUUUUGAGAUCAUCGAUGGUGUGGUUCUCGACAAGGACGAAUGGACCCCUCAAAAUGGUUAUGUCACUGCCGCUCAAAAGAUCCAGCGAAAGAAGAUUUUUGAGAAGAAUCAGAAGGGGGUUGAUAAGGCAUACGGUAAGAAAUAA